AUGCUGCGUCCUAUCGUCACCACAACAGUGGCGCUAUUUGCUGCAGUUGUAGCAACCGAAGGCUGGAUGUGGUACUGGGUGCCUGCUCGCUAUGCAAAACUAGAGGAAGCGGAGCGCAAGAUUCUCACGCGCGCUGUAUCGGUCCCAUUUGAGAUGAAGAAGGUUGCACGACUUGGUACUGUCGUGGUUCCUUGCUCUGAUGAGAAUAAGCGCAAAGACGCAACGAAUCUUGUGCUGAUUCACGGCUUUGCUGGUGGCAAUGCAGUGUGGGCGAUGAAUUUGGAGAAACUGUCCGAGCAUUUCAAUGUGUAUGCGGUGGAGUGGAUUGGUGCUGGUCGUUCUGAUCGACCUGACUUUAACUACAAAGACUACGACAGUGCUGAUGAAUUCAUUAUGAACUCUUUCGAGAAAUGGCAGCAGGCGAUCGAGCUAGAGCAGUUUCAUCUAUGUGGUCACUCGAUGGGGGCAAUCUUUGCAUCAUCAUACGCUCUAAAGCACCCUGAACAUGUCAACCACCUGGUAUUGGCAUCUCCUGCAGGUGUUCCGCAGCCACCACCACCUUUGGACCCGACAACGGAAGACGGAAAAGCUUUGAACCGCUCAUGGCUGAGGCGUUUAAUCUUUACAGCAUGGAAACACAACAUAACGCCGAUGUCUAUCGCCCGAUUUGUAGGGCCGUUUGGACCAAAGCUUGUUCAAAAGGUUGUGCGCCGUCGAACAUCAUUCAUGUCGGAGGAAAGUGCCAUGCGGGACGGUCGUGUUGACCUCAACGAGCUAGGGGAGUAUAUGUAUCACAACUGGGCACUCAAGCCAAGUGGAGAGCGCGUCAUGAACACGCAUCUCGCUCCAGGCGCACACGCUGUGCGUCCCCUUGUGGACAAGUUGCUCCCUGAAAAUGUCAAGAUGCCGCUUACGUUUAUAUACGGCGAGCACGAUUGGAUGGAUUACUACAAUGGACUAGGCAUUGUGCAACGAUUUAAGGAGAAAGGCCAUGCAGCUGAUCUUCACCAUGUGCGGAACGCAGGCCACCAAAUGUUCAUGGAGAACCCAGAUGAAUUUAGCUCCAUUUUGAUCGAAAGCCUGACUACGUAG